AACAGGAACAUGGCUACCGGUGUUUAACAUCAGCAGUCCAUCGUUAUAAUAUACCUCUGUUGGCCUUACACAGUCAGUGACAGUAUUAUACUCGCUGUGCCACCGCCACAGAAGAAAAGCCUUCGUAGAAUUUAUCGGCGGAGCCAGCAGACCCUGCAGAAACUGCGUCCUCGUUGUCCAUCAAUCACAAACAGUGCGGGUCAACAUGGCAAGUCCAAGGACCAGAAGAGUUCUGAAGGAAGUGAGAACCCAAGACGAAAAUAAUCUAUGUUUUGAGUGUGGAGCAUUUAACCCUCAAUGGGUUAGUGUGACCUAUGGGAUCUGGAUUUGCCUUGAGUGCUCUGGAAAGCAUAGAGGCCUGGGAGUACAUCUAAGUUUUGUGCGCUCUGUCACCAUGGACAAGUGGAAAGAUAUUGAGCUUGAGAAGAUGAAAGCGGGAGGAAAUGGAAAAUUCCGCCUGUUUCUUGAACUCCAAGAUGAUUAUGAUCCAACCUGGACUUUACAGGAGAAAUACAACAGCAAAGCUGCCGCACUCUUUAGAGACAAGGUUGCAACUUUAGCAGAGGGUAAGGAGUGGUCCAUUGAGACAUCCCCUGCCAGGAACUGGACAUCUCCUCAACCCAAGACCAGCCUUUCAUCCUCUCAUCGCUCUGGAGGACCUGGACAAAACUCAGUGAAAUCUAGCGACAAAGCUUUUGAAGACUGGUUGAGUGAUGACGUUAACUCAUAUCAGAGUGGAGGGGGUUACAGUGGGAAUCAAGAGAAUCGGUAUGUUGGCUUUGGCAACACAGUGACUCCAGAGAAGAAAGAGGAUGACUUCAUCAACAAUGCCAUGUCUUCUAUUUAUUCAGGUUGGAGCAGUUUCACUGUUGGAGCCAGCAAGUUUGCCUCUAUUGCUAAAGAUAAUACAACUAAACUGGCAAACCAAGCAACCUUAAAGGCCACAGAGUUAGGACAGACAUUAAAUGAGAAUGUUAUCAAACCUACCCAAGAAAAGGUGAGAGAUGGCAAAUUGCUAGAUGAGAUGGCAGUCAGCAUGACUGGGCUGGCAAACAAGGUGCAGGGAGCUGGUGCAAAAUUGACUAAUAUCUUCUCGGGGAAACCAGAAGAUGGGUCUGCUGGAGAGAGCUACCAGAACAUGGAUGCCACUGAGGGAUAUCAGGGCAGUUCAAGCCAGCCUAUCGGAAAGGACUUCUGGGAAACCUUUGGCAGCAACACCUCCUUAAAGGCCAAGAAAUCUCCCAGCAGUGACAGCUGGACCAUCGCAGAUAAUUCUGCAAAGAAGAGCUCUGACAGUUGGGACAAUUGGGGCUCCGAAGCAGCGUCCAACAACAAACACAGCACAGAGGAGAGCUGGGAGGCCUGGGACAACAACUGGGAGAACGCGGAUGGUAAGACGAAGAAGAGUCCCACGAAACCUGCGGAGGAAACCUGGGAAAAUGCAGACUGGUAGUGACCUCACAACCAUUCAUCUCCUCACCCUUUUCCCCACUUGGGCCUUUCCCCUUCUGUUUCUCUCUCUGUGUUCAUCUCACUGGCACUUUCAGGGAAAAAGCUGCGUCAGCUAAGUUCCUGUCAUUCCAUUCAAAAUCUAUUUAUUAUAAACCCAAGAAACAAUAAAUGAAGCCCAGGGUUAAGUUGAUGUCAUUAUUAAAUGAAUAUUCUAAAAAUGUACAACUAUAUUGACCUGCAGUCAUUUAUUUUAUUGUAAAUUACCUUCAUUACAAGGAAUUCAGUGAAAUCAUUGUAGAUAUGAUCAUAAAUUGCCCAAAUAUAACACUCUUAAUGAUGAAUGAGCCAGUGUUAAUAUGGGUUUUGAUGGGUUUAAUGAUACUGGUUUUCAGCUUGCCACAUAAAAAAUGAUGCAUGAAAGAGAAAAUGUGACAGUGUAAAUAUAAAUCCUUGUAGAUACAGUAUGAUUGACUGAACACUAAUGCCAUUAUUUUCUGUGUUCAAUCAGUUUGAUUUGUUCUGCUCCUGGACCCUUUGCACAUUUUGGUUUUGGAAAAUUGAUUUAGAAAAACAUUUUCCACAGAAUAGAGCCCUUUACAUACCGUAGCCACAAAGUGUUUAAUUAAAGGAACAAAUACCCACUGUGUAAUAUUGGCUCCCAUUAAUCAAAUUCUGUGUCGAUAUGUACAUCUGAAAUGAAAAUAAUAUGUUGUGAGUUUGGUUGAAAAUGUGCAAAUAGUCAAGGAAUUGAAAAUCAGAGAGUUGCUGAUACAACAUAAUCAUGUUGUCAAGACCGGAUGAAUUUGGUUGUCCUGAACAAAUUAAGUUGAUCAAUAAGUGCCCCUCUGGUAAAAUGGUUAAAUUGCUAUAUAAAUACACAUAUCAAAUUGGUGUCAUGGAGACAAGCUGACUUAAAACUUAGCUUUUUCUCAAAAUGGAUGUAAUUAAUUAAAAUCAAUUAGCUCUUGAAACAAAUUGUGAUUGGUUGAUACGAUAUUGUGGUUUUCCUUUUUUCCAUUUUCACCGUCUGUUAACAGCUCAAAACCUGCCUGACUCCCAUUCAAACAGUCAUUGCAAAGGUCUUCAGUGAUAGUUAAAGUAUUAUUUUAAGCACAUCCUCAACAUCAUAUUAAGAUUUUUUUUUAGUUGUUAUGAAAAUCCUCAAGUAUUGUGACUUUAUUCUGCAACAUGUUGCAAUUCAGCACAUUGUUUCUUUUUUUUAAAAAUCUCUUUUAGUUUUAGUUUUACUUUCUUUUUUUACAGCUGAAAUUACUUAACAUUUGAAAUCAGUCUGUUUGGGUUGAAAAUUGUCGAACUAAAAUUUGCCAGAAGUUGCUCACAAAAUUUUAUUCAGAAUGAAAUUAUAAUAAACUGUGACAAUACCUGCCAGUAGGCAUUGAUCUACUGGGGGGAUGUUUGUUUGUUUGUUUUCCUGACCUUGAAGCAUGCUAAUACUACUUGAAUUAAAAUUAAGUGCAGUACAGACAGUACAGGCUGUAUUCACUUGUAAAGUCCUUAAACCCAGGCUUAAGUUGGGCCAGACAUUUUGACAAACAUGCAUCCUGUUACAAUGACAUUUAACAGUGAUUAAUGGCUCACAUUAUGAAAGCCUUUUGUUGCACAUCAGCAGUUGUUUCAUUCAUGAUUUUUUGCAAUUUUAUUUUUACGAACAUGUGGGAAUUUUGUCUGAAUAUUAUAUACAGUUUAGUGACGGUGAUUUCACACAGGAGUCACUCAGUGCAGACGGGAUGAUACAAUAAGUGGACACAGAUGGGGACUGUAGACUACAUUGUUAACUGCGUGGUGUUGCCUGUAACUUGUGGCCUCAACUGAACUGUAAAUUUCAUCUCGUAUGAAGCAGCUCUGUGUGAGCUGCUCUCCACAUCUGUGUCAUCACACCUCGGUCAUUAUGUGUUAUGAUUCGGUGUCACAGAUGUCUUCACACUUAUAUUAAGAUCUGAAUGGCAGAUUCACAUUAAUGAGGCUCAUUAUACGCUGCUUAGCUUGUCAGAGCUCUCCAACACUUGUUAUGAAUUAAUUUAAUCAACCUCAUGCACCCCUCAGAUGAAAUGGCAGCUGGACUCACAUUGUUCAUCAUAGAUGCAGAUGUGUCAUGAAAAGCUCAUUGUUUUAACAAGUAGGAAUGUAGUCUGUGUGAAAUUGGGUACGAUAUUCUGGUAAUCUUAAAAAUAGAAUUGGCUGUCGAGAUUUAGAGCUAGGCCAAUUUUGCAGCACCUAACUUCCCUAUGUGGCCUUUACUUCCCUACAGCAUAAGGUGUUGCGACUUAAUCAUACUGUAAACGACUGUAAAGUUUCAUGUUUGUGCAUGUAAUCGCCAACAGAUGCUCAGUUUUCAUGAAUGAUGCAAACCGCUCAAACUGAACUAAAGUUAAAUUACACCUGAAACAACUCCAGGUUUGAGUUUGAUUUGUCUACAGUGUCAGAAGAUAUUUUUUAGGCUUGAUGUCUGUGAUCAUGAAGAGGCCAGUAGUCAUUUAUUAACUACCCAAGGAGAAGUGUAGCAGUGCAGUGUAGCUGCUGGAUUAUUGUUCGUUAUUGGGGUGUUACAACACUUUGCUGUACCUUUAUAGGCACUACUCAUGGGGCCUCAUGAUUAGUAAAAAGAAUAUUUUACUGUCACUGGUUUUAACAUGUGAAGGAUGAAUCCUGACAACUUUAUUCCAUGCCCAUUUCCUACCUCUAAGAAGUCUUCAGUUUACUGCCAAAUUUUCAGUAGUGAACAUGCUUUUCUUUCUUUUUUUUUUUUUUUUUUGGUCUUAACCUUUCAGCAUCGUUUUGAUGUUGAAUUUAUAACAACAGGCUCGGUUUGCUUUGGCCAUAUUUUGUCUUUGCUGAAAGAUGUGUGUUGAAGCAAAGCCACAAACAUGGUUCUACAUUGUUGUGUGUUCUCAGUAAUGAUGCAGUUAUUUAAAAGAAAAACAAAAACUAAAGAUCACUCCUGCAACAUUUGUGUCGCUGAACCUCUCUAGUCAUGUGCUCACAUAUGGUCAUGUAUCUCAAACCUGAAACAGCUGUGAUUGCUUUCUGUUGAUGUCAGUUUGCCUGUGUGUCUCUGACGCAGUGAGGUGUACCUGUCAGUAAAUCACCAUCAAAGGCAAUGUCAAAUGAUAUAUUGUCACCCUCAGCUUUCCCUGUAUUUCUAAAGCUUUCGGACAGUUGUUUUGUCUUUUGUUUGAAUGGAAGAAGCGCUGUGAUGUCUCACAGGCUAAAAAAAGGGAAAUAUUUGUACAGUCACUUGUCUGAGAUCUGUAAAAGAGCUUAUCGUUCUGAAAUACCAGAGCUUUUUUAUUGGUGAAUGUCCUGUCUGGGUUACUGGUAUACUUGAUUCAUGGGUGAACUGCAGAAUGUGUCAUUGACUGAAAUGCAUCCCAUAGGUCUUGAUAUAAGGUGAUGAUUUUUUUUUUUAUAAACCUGAUGUAAUCUGAAUCUGAUUCUAAACUUUAAAACUCUCCAGAGCAGCAGUUGAGCUCAGCGUCUGUGCCUGUUGAACAUCUGAGAUCGGGUAUGUUCGUGUUCGUUGAUGAAACUACUAUGUCAGAAAUACUAUUUUUGAUGUCAUGCAUGAGGUGUAACGUGGAGCUAAAAAACCUUCAGCUGUUGUUUACUUUUCAAAAAAAAAAAACAAAAAAAAACAAGUUGUUUUCUCA